ACUAGUAAAUGGUAGGGUCUGCCCGGUUUACUUCCGGGUUAGGUCAACACAUGUUCGGUUCGGAAGCCGUUUCAGGUAACCCACAUGGCACCUUUUACCCUCAAUCCAGCUUCUUGGAGAAGCAGUUUAAGACUAGGGUUGCAGACAUGCUUCAAAAGAUACUGUACAGCAGGCAGUUCCCUGGUUUCCUCUGUGCCUGUACCUCAUGCUGCUAUCAGAUUUUACUCUCAAGCACAGAGUCCCAUCAGGCAUCAUCCAGUCACACGCUUUACCACGACGACAUUACAAAAGCCAAUGAUUCCAAAGCACCAAGCGUUUUGCAAGAGAAACUUAAAUAAAAUUCAUCACAGAAGUGGCCAGUUUAGAAUCAAAGACAUUUUAGGAGGUCCAAGGAGCGAAGAAAAAUUUGAUCAGAAGGCGGCUACAAGAAAUUUCUAUGAAGACUCGGACAGAUAUGUCACAGCUGACAAUUUCCUUAAGUCUCAUAAUUGGCAAGGAAGUGGAAAUGAUGUGGAUGUUGAGAGUGUCUUAGCCACACUCAGCUACAACAAAGGAGAAGUUAGUCCUGCAACUCUAGCUGACAGCAUGUCGGCUUUAGCUAGACAACCACAGAAGAGGAUUACACAGUUUUUACAGAGUGACCAUUAUGACUCAUGUCUUACAAUGGUGUCAAACUAUUGCAAAGUGUUCACAAAUAAAGAUUUUGUAAUCAUUUUAGUCUCCCUGUACAAUUUGGGGAUCCCAGCUUGGCAUCGAAUCUACAAGAAGUUCAUUUUGGAGUGUGAAAGGCGCGUCCAUGAUUGGGAUGUUGACACAAUGUUACUUGUAUCUGACACCUGGCGAGCGAUUGGCCGGAUAGUCGUUAAUUACAACGGACAGAUGUUGAAGUGCAUUGAACCACAGUAUCUUGAGCUGACACAUCAUCAACUUGUCCAACUGCUAUAUGUGAUUGGUGAGAACAGGACGGCACCGUUAACCCUCAUGAAGAAGCUAGAAGAUAUGGUGCUUUUGUAUGUGGACGAUCUGAGUGGGAAAGAGAUUGCGGCAAUCUGCUUGGGUUACUUCAAGUCGCAGACUAUCAUAUCCUCGGCUGCCUUGUUGCAGGUUUUAGGAGACAAAGCAUGUGAACAUAUUGACCAACUAGAUUUCUUUAGCGCAGUCAGUAUCUUUAAGGCCUUCAGGCAUGCAACAACAGUCCACUUGCCUCUCUUUAAGAAGGCUGCAACAACAUAUUCCAGUGUUAUCCAAGACCUACCUCUUGUGUCUGUGAUGCAGUUGGUCUUCACAUAUGGAGCGCUCCAUAUAUUUGAGAAAGACUUGCUUGAAGCCGUGGCUGAGAAAGCUGUGAAAGAUGCCAAAUUGUGUCGGAUCAAAGACAUCGCCAAGUUCUUGUGGACGUUUGCACAGUUAAACUACCGUCCAGCCAACGUUGACCUGUUUCUUGAUACUAUGGUAAAGGAGCUGUGUGCCCGUUCCAAUGAGUUCCAGACCUUCCCUGAACACCUGGUGUACAGUGUGGUAGCGCUGGCUUACAUGGAGAGAUUCCCGUAUGACCUCAUCAACACUAUAUUCAGUCCAGACACCCUGCAGCAGAUAGAAAAGUACUGCCCCUGGGAGACCAUGCGUGACCUGUAUGUCAUUGAUGGUACUGUUGGAGUAGAGUGUGGGGACUAUGCUGGGCACAGGCUGUCUCAGGAGUUCAUCAAGCGACUACCAGAGGGUGCAGGAGGCAGUGUGAAACAUGAGCUGACGUAUCGGGAGAACCUGGCAGAGGUGGUGAGGGUACUGCAGCAAAUGAUGGGGAGGGAACACCUGACAGUCCAUUACAUCCUGCCCCACUUCAAGUCCAAAAAAUUCCCCCUGGUCCCUGGUGAUACCAUAUUAUUUUCUUGUCUCUGGGAUUUGCUUGAAUGCAUUUUCCAAGUUGUCACAUACUUCAAAAGUUUGAAAGGCCAUUUUGUACAUUAUAUUGUUUUGUUGUUGUUUAUUCCUGUAGAUAUAGAGAUACAUGUGGACCAGACAAACCAGGCAGUGACGAUAAGCGGUUCUGUCUCUACACCUCGUGGCAAGAACAAACAGAUGGACAUUCGGCUGGACGACAACCUCAUUGAUAUCCUAACUGGUACAAAGUCAGAAAGUAGUUUGGCGGAGAAAAAGGAAGUUGAACCUUCAAACCGGGAACCAGAAAAUAUUACAAGACUGGCUGUACAGGUCACCAGUAUGAAACACCACCUCUACAACAGCCACAGUCUGCUGGGGGUCCAUCAGAUGAAGAGGAGGCAACUCAGGAAGCUGGGGUACCAGGUUGUAGAGAUUCCCUACUAUGAGUGGCAAGAGCUGCCCAAGCACCCUAACAAUGAAAGGAAGGACUACCUCAGGAAGAAAAUCUUUGGCCAUAGCAAGUAGACUUGAAGAUCAAGGUCCCAUAACUUGUAACUUUAAUAGCUACUUUCUUCAUCAUCACUUAUGGUAUUGUCUAAUGACCAUUGCUGUAAAUAUCAGUAAAAUGAUUUUAAAAGUGGUUUUGAAUUUGAUGUGCUUUUUAUGAUAUACAUGCGAUGGAUAAAUUGUCCAAUCAAACAAAAAUGAAGUUUAAACCCCUUCUGUUUUUACUUCACUGAGUUUCGGCACUUUGUGUGUGUGUAAUGGUUAUUGCAUUUGGGUACAACGAAUCAAAAGUCACUUAGUGUUAUACUGUAUGGAAUAUGAAUUGAAUACAAGACAUAGACUGGGAAAGCUUAUUCUGUGUAUUUGGUGCACACCAGUCAUGAUCAGUGCUAGAUAUAGGUCAAAGGGAGUAACCUUGAAGUUUCUAACAUAUAUAAAUGAAGGAAAAUCAUUGGUUAGAUGAACCUUUUUAAAUACCUUUUUAAGUUCUGCACUUGCAGAAGGGUCCUAUAGUUGGCAUGUAGUACAAGCUCCCUUGCCACAAGUGCCAGAGAAACCUCUUAAUUGUUUUUUUGUCAUGAGCAUGCAUGCAACAAAUGCAGUAGAAAACCAGUCACAGAUAUACGUACCCUGCUUUACCUGUGCAUUGACCACAUGUCAGAAACCGGGCACUCCUGUCCACCAAUGCUAUGCAAUGCAUUGCCUCCUGCUUUCGCUUUGACUGAAAUUAUAACACCCUUGCCGCAAGUAUAUCUGACCCCUCCUCAAAUGACUGUACCAAGUUGGUGUUGCCCAACAAAGAAGGUGACACAUUUUUUUUUGCCUGUUCUGAAAGGAUUUCAGGGCCCCUAAAGCUAUACUGGAGUCAGUAUUAUCAGUUUAAUAGCAGCAGUGGCCAGUUCUGUCCCAGAGUGCUGUUUGUGACCGAGGUGUUAGAAAAAGAUCCAUGAUCUAACAGGGGAUGGAGCUUCGGCCCAUUGCUUGUACAGGGUAUGAGAGCUAUGUUAAUGUUAACGUUACCAGCAUUCAAGUUAGCUAACUUCUGCCUUAUUUCAUAGGCCCAUGUAUGUUGUUAAUAAGCAUAUAUGUGACAAACUACAUUUUUGUGUAUUAAGAGUUAUGGAUGAUUAACAUGUUUGCAAAGCAAUUCUGUUUACUUUUGGUUCAAGCUCCCCAUUUUGGGGGUAUUAUGUCUUUGGAAAAAAACUUUAAAUCAUCACAUUUGUCAUUAAUUACAGAUCAAAACAAUCAGUCUGAAAGCCCUACACCAAGUUUGGAAAACAAAAAUAUUUAGACAAUGGAUUUUCUUUACACAAGCUAGUCCAUAUUUGUGAAAGAAUUUGGUACUAACACCUUCAUGCAACAUACUGAUUUACUGAACCUGUGCCAAAUUUAGCCACAAUGCACUGCAAGGACAGCCAGGGUUUCCAUUACUACAAGCAGUAUUUUGUGAGCAGAUACUAGUAGCCACAACAGGCAAGCCCCCCCCCCCCCCAAAUAAUUUCAUCAAAUUGUCUACCAAUAUUGUUGUGACCUGAUAUAGGAGGAUUCUUGUACACAAUUUGUAUGGUGAAAAUUCUGUUUUGUUUUCUUUAGCAGUCUUACCAUGAGUCAUAAUGAGUAUGAGGAAUUUUUUAAUGUGAGACUUGUGGUCCUCAACUGUCCAAGUCACUCCUGACAAGGGCUGCAUGCAGGUUCAGGGUACCAGUAUGAUAAAGUGGAAAUGUUUUAGGUAAAGGUCCAAGAUACUGGUAAACAAAUAAUAUUUCAUUGAAGUAUAUACCUAUUUGUUUUUACUAAAAACUGCACAAAGAUGAGAUUUAGCAUUGGAAAAGGGCACUUAUGAUCAGGGGCAUCUUUGAUAUUCUGGCAUGAGAUACUAACAAUCCAAAUAUGUAUACUGUUUGUUGGCAAUAUAAAAGACCAGUUACUUUCUUGAAUUGUUUAGGGUCAAGUAUAAGUCCAGACCAGUAACUUAACCUCUGAACCAGGUCCCCUGUAUCUACACAGCAGGUAUAACCAGCCUUUGGAUUAACACACAAGCUUUCUGCACAUCUACCUGAUGUUACACAGCUCUACUCUUGACACUUUGAUUACAAAGCUGGUCAGUGACUGUUGUGAGGCAAAAGCAGCAAAGUGUUGACAAGCAGUUAGGUCCACAGUUGGAUACGUCAUGAAAUGAACAUCUUGCCCCAGUUCACUUUUUUUGGUUUAAUGAUUCAUACAAACAGCAUGACCUGACACAGAAAGGUGAUCUUCAUUUUAGCUUCCCCUAUUUACAAGUCCCCAGCAUUUGUUAGUGUAAAACAUGCUCUUACUCUACAUUCAGGGGCAGACAUGUAAUACAUGUACAACUUGAGGUAUCUGACAGUGACUCAAUGACUGGUACAGAUGCAGUCAUAGCCUUCAAUACACCAUCUUAACAUAAUCACUUUCAUAUGAGUAGUUUAGAAGUGAUAAAACCUUGUUUCCAUGUGUAAAUGGAUCAUAAACCUUACAAGCAGGAUCUGGUGAAUACUUUUUUUACAGACUUUCCUCAAUGUUGACUUUAGUUGAAAUCUAGGGUGCUCAAAUAUUCAUAAAACUUUGUACAAAUGCACUAUGGCAAAAUACUAUGUGUACAGGGUAACUUUCUUUUUUGGAGCAUUGUCAUAUUACACAGAUGCAAACAAAUGUAGAAUACAUCUUUGACUUAUCUCCUAGCAGAUGAAAGGGUGGGAUGACAGUAGCAAAGGGCAAAAACAGUAUCCAAUAGGCCAAUUUGAAUUUUAUUUUCUUGAUACUGCUUUGGUCCUUUUGCUAUGGUCUGGCACCAGUAAAGCUGCUUGGAGAUUACUUUGACUAAGACUUUUGAAGUGCAUUUUCCUAACACAACACACAGCGUAUUAAACAUGAAUGACUUAUUUCACACCAGAUUUAAUAUGUAGUCAUUUAAGUUACUUCCAAUUCAUUUAAAAUACAUGUACUAAGAACAGUCGGACACUCACAUCAAGAUGGAAACUUUCAGGAAUUUGGAGAAUGUGCCACACAUCUGCCAACCCUGUUUCUAUGAUGCCAUGAUCAUUCUCCUUGUGAAGAGAAGUCUGUGAUAACUUGACCUUGUUGGAUUUUACAGUGGGGUGACCAAAUACCAAUGCUUUAUUAUUAACCCAUCCACACCCAAGCUGCUUAUCAAGACAAAUCUGGUUUUAAAAGCGCUGUGCCCAAAAACUGCAAUAGAUACAGUGAAGCUCAUUUCAAGUUGCUUUCACAUUGGAUGUGCAUCGGUUAGGUUCAAAAUUUGCUUCAUGAGGCCUCACCAGGAGAAAUCCCUUAGUUCUACGAAAUAAAAAAAGCAAAAUGUAACAGAUAAGUCAUUUUAACAGAAAUUGAAACAUGUAUUCACAUAUGGAGAUAAAAUGAAGAAUGUGAACAGUAUCAGCUUUCUCCUUAACAAUGCUAACAGUUUUGUUUCAGAAAUGUCCAACAACCAAAGAAUUUACAUAGUUAAGCUUACAUAAUCACAAUUCCUUACCUUACUCUAUUUUAUAGAAGAAUCUACACAAUCAUCACAUAAUAAGUCAUCAAAGUCUGUCUUAUUCUUUUUGUCCUCUUCGAAAUAACAGCAGCCGGGCUAUGACUAAUGAUGUUUUUCUUCCUUUUGAAUAAAGCAUGCAAAUCCAAACCUCAUUGGAGAAACAAAAUAUCUUAAAAUACUAAACCAACUCACCAUCUAUUCUGCAAAAUCAAUCUCUGUGAUACAAGACCCUCCUGACACGUCUUCUACGGCAUUAGACUCAUACGGGUAGUCUUGCAAAGAUGCCUUACCAACACAGCAUGAUACAAAACUCUGGUAUUGUAUGUACAAGGAUGAACAACAUAGAGCAGACCAUACAGAUGAUAUUUACACAAUUUUAGCUUUUUGUUCAGUACAGAUGACAAAACACUAAUUGACAAAGUCCUAUGCCAGACCGUGUGGUAUUUGGAAAAAAA